AUGAAAACAGCAUUCAUGAACCAUCAAAAUAAAUAUUAUGACAAUUUACAUCCCAACUCUGUUAUAUUCAGAUUGGUACCACAUCAUGAUUUAAUGAUUCAUUCGAAGACAAAGAAACCAUGUAAACCAAGAGAGUUGAUUAAAGGAUCGUCAUAUCCAGUUCCGAUAUUUACGAUUAAUUAUGAGAGAAAAUUGAAAGAUCCAGCAAUGAAUUUAGUGUGGAAGAAAAAAGAUUUUGCUGAGGAAAAGCGAAUAUUCCACCAUCGUAUUAAAGAUGAAAAAUGUUUAUCUGGUGAAAUUAGUGAAGGAAUGAUCAAAUACAUAGAGCAAAUGGAAUCCGACCCUGCUCCUAAUGUUGGAACUGAAUACGACUGGCAUUUUGCAGGAGGAAAUUUAAUUGACCUAACUGUACAUGACAAAAAUUAUCUCGCACAGCCUUCAAUGUGUAGUAACUUCGGUGUACGAUUAUUGUCACCAAAAUCACAUUUUAUGUACACAAAGAAUGACUUUGACAGUGAUGAUUAUCCUUACGAGAUUAUUUCAGCAGAUUCUCAAUUUCUUGCAAUUCGCCAUAAAAAAUCUGCCAACUUCAUCACCAAAAGCUUGAUAUCAAAAGAUCAAGAAAAUCUUGAAAUAAAUAAAAGAUUUGAAUGGAUUAAUGAAAUCAGCGCUGCAACUUUGCAAGGAAAUUGUUUUUCAGCUGCUGAUGUUGAUAAUUCUUUACUUCAAUAUGAUAUUUCAAGGCAAACAGUUAACUUUCAUCUUAAGCUACCAAAUAAUAACAGCACAGAGAAUUAUUUUCCAUUGUCACUUCAUACUAUUGACGAGAAUAUUCUCAAUCCAAUCAAACAUCGAACUGAACUUUGUACAACAGGAAUUGCAAUGACAGCGGGAAAAAAUGACUCAUUUAUUGUACUUUUCCAACAAAAUUCUCUCGGUGAUGUUUUCAAAAGUUUCUUAAUGACUGAGGAAGAUGAAUUUUCAAACGAGACGCGAUUGGUGAAGAAUUUUGAACAUUGGGAUAAAGCUUUGAGUAUGCAAAAAGAUCCCAAUAAAGAAUUGACAUUAGAUGAACGUUUUGAUAAUCCUGAAUUAAUGUUUACUGAUGUUUAUCGUGUUGAUGAGAUGAAAAAUAUUUUGAACAAUGAAGAUCUGGAAAUUGAUUACGAGAAUAACUUUCAAAUGAGAAGGAAUGAAAGUUGGCGGAUUGACUUGGAAGAAGCAAAAGAAUUUAAAGACAUUUUGUCGCAAAUUCUUCUUAACGAAUGGGACUUGGAUGAAGUAAACGUUCAGCAAAAUCCUUUCUCAGAAGCUUUGUCAACAAACAUAAUACAUGAAGAAAAGGCAAUAGAUAAAGUAAGACGCUGGUUGGAUGAUGAUGUUCAUCUAGAAGGUGAAACAAUGGACACUUCCGAGUUAAUUGAAACUUUUCAAGAAGAUUUAAAUGAAGAAAUCAAAGAAGAAUUUAAUCAAGAAAAAAAUGUUCCAAAAACGAAAAAAUUAUCACAACGUGUUAAAGGAUUUUAA